UAGUAAUUGAUUCAUCAAUUAUUAUGCACACCCUUGAAUAUUGUACAGAUGCAAGAAUGCUUGGCUCCUUUGAAACCUUGUAAAAAAAAAUUUACUUUGUCUAAAAGCUAAUCAUUGAUAAAGUACACGACAUACGAAGGGUAUUUUUAAAUAAAACGUUUAGCUGUAUACCCAUUUAUGAUGGAUAUUCUCAAGGCAGAAAUAAUGAAAAAACGAAAACAAUUAGAAGAAAGUAAUGUUUUGAAAAACAACAAAAAAUAUUUUAGAAGAGGUGAGCUAAUAUCAAAAGAUCAAGAAGUAAAAGAGGUACAAAAUAGUAACGAUGAAGAUGAUAAAGUUAAUAUUAGGCAACAGCAAGAAGAAUGUGAAACAGAUGAUAGUUCUGAACAUUCAACAUUACCUAGACAUGAAGUGAUUAAAAGAUUACGUGAAAGAAAUGAACCAAUAUUAUUAUUUGGAGAAUCAGAAAUAGAAGCAUUUAAAAGGUUAAGAAAAUGUGAGAUUCUUGAACCUGAAGUAAAUAAGGGUUUUAGGAAUGAUUUUCAAGAAGCUAUGGAACAAGUGGAUCAGGCAUAUCUAAAUGAAAUAUUAGCUUCAUCAAAACCACAAGAUCGUGAUGGAAAAGGAGAUGUCCAUGUACCUGAUGAAGGAGUGACCUAUGAAGAUCUGCAGAAAAUGUCUGUCAAAUUAAACAAGGGUGACAGGGAUUUUGAUUUACAUGUGAUUACACAGUUUAUACAAUUUUUGGUGCAAAUGUGGGGUAUUCAAUUAAAUAGUAGGAGCACUGCUGAAAAAAUGAGCACUAGAGGAAAGAUGGCUAGUGCUACUUAUGCUCAAACAAGAGAAUACUUAAAACCUCUCCUUAGAAAAUUAAAAAACAAAUCUUUGCCUGAAGAUAUCACUGACAGUUUAACUGAUAUUGUAAAACAUUUACUUGAACGCAAUUAUAUUUUGGCAAGUGAUGCAUACUUGCAGAUGGCUAUUGGAAAUUCUCCAUGGCCUAUUGGUGUUACCAUGGUUGGUAUUCAUGCACGUACUGGAAGAGAAAAGAUCUUCUCUAAAAAUGUGGCACAUGUAAUGAAUGACGAAACUCAAAGGAAAUACAUUCAAGCUUUAAAAAGAUUGAUGACUAAAUGUCAAGAAUAUUAUCCUACAGAUCCUUCUCGAUGUGUAGAAUAUUCAAAAAUAUAAUAUUGUUAAGUGAAAUAAGUAGAUAAGUAUGUAUUAUAGAAUAAAAAAUAUUAAAUAUAUUUGA